AUGACCAAGUACCGGCAAGCACCACUGGAGACAAGUACCGACAAGCACCACUGGAGACAAGUACCGGCAAGCACCACAGGAUACAAGUACCGACAAGCAUCACUGGAGACAAGUACCGACAAGCACCACUGGAGACAAGUACCAGCAAGCACCACUGGAGACACGUACCGACAAGCACCACUGGAGACAAGUACCGACAAGCACCACUGGAGACAAGUACCGGCAAGCACCACUGGAGACAAGUACCGGCAAGCACCACUGGAGACAAGUACCGACAAGCACCACAGGAUACAAGUACCGACAAGCACCACUGGAGACAAGUACCGGCAAGCACCACUGGAGACAAGUACCGGCAAGCACCACAGGAUACAAGUACCGGCAAGCACCACUGGAGACAAGUACCGACAAGCACCACUGGAGACAAGUACCAGCAAGCACCACUGGAGACACGUACCGACAAGCACCACUGGAGACAAGUACCGACAAGCACCACUGGAGACAAGUACCGACAAGCACCACUGGAGACAAGUACCGGCAAGCACCACUGGAGACAAGUACCGACAAGCACCACAGGAUACAAGUACCGACAAGCACCACUGGAGACAAGUACCGACAAGCACCACAGGAUACAAGUACCGGCAAGCACCAUUGGAGACAAGUACCGGCAAGCACCACUGGAGACAAGUACCGACAAGCACCACUGGAGACAAGUACCGACAAGCACCACUGGAGACAAGUACCGACAAGCACCACUGGAGACAAGUACCGACAAGCACCACUGGAGACAAGUACCGGCAAGCACCACUGGAGACAAGUACCGGCAAGCACCACUGGAGACAAGUACCGACAAGCACAACAGGAGACAAGUACCGGCAAGCACCACUGGAGACAAGUACCGGCAAGCACCACUGGAGACACGUACCAACAAGCACCACUGGAGACAAGUACCGGCAAGCACCACUGGAGAUUCAACUUUACAUUGCAUGUUGCUAUGCCACAGGAAGCAGCACCACCACAGGGGUCUGCCAGGACCCAGGACCAAACAGCUACACAUUUGGAAAGGUGUUCUUUGCAGAUCAAGAAUAUAACAUAUGA